AUGGACUACGAGACGCUGAAGGAGCAAUGGAGCGACGUCGAGGAUCGUGAUGGCGUGCGCCUGAGCUGGAACGUGUUUCCAAGCUCCCGCAUGGAGGCAUCGCGACUCGUCGUCCCCAUCGGCGCCCUUUACACCCCGCUGAAGGAGAAGCCUGACACUCCUCUGCUCCAAUUCGAGCCUGUCACCUGCAAACAGCCUUGCCGCUCGGUUCUCAACCCAUUUUGCCAAGUCGAUGUCCGCGCAAGAGUUUGGAUCUGCCCCUUCUGCUUGUCAAGGAACCAGCUUCCACCACACUAUAAGGAUAUUACCGCAAAUGCUAUCCCGCCCGAAUUGCACCCCAGCAACACGACCAUCGAAUAUCGCCUAUCACGUCCGGCCCCUGCACCGCCCAUUUUCCUAUACGUUGUCGAUCUGUGCCAGGAGGAGGACAGCCUUUCUUCGCUCAAGGACUCCCUGGUUAUGAGCUUGAGCCUCCUCCCUGAGAAUGCGUUGGUGGGCUUGGUCACAUAUGGCACAAUGGUAUGGAAUGUCGUUAUGGCCCGAGGUGUUCAAAAGACUAACGCACACGUCCAUGAGAUUGGCUACGAGGAGUGCGCCAAGUCUUAUGUUUUCCGCGGAAGCAAGGAUUAUUCUGCAAAGCAGGUCCAAGAUAUGUUGGGACUCUCCGCCUCAGGACUUCGCCCGGGCAUGCAGCCACAGCCUGGCCGCCCCAUGCCUGUCGGCCCUGCCUCUAGGUUCCUGCUGCCUGUACAGCAGGCAGAGUUCCAACUCACAAAGGCGCUCGAGGCCCUGCAGAAGGACCCCUGGCCUGUCGCUAACGAUAGAAGAAGUCUGCGAUGCACCGGUGUGGCCCUCAGCGUUGCUGUGGGACUUCUCGAGUCAGCCUUCCAGAACGCCGGCGGGCGCAUCAUGCUCUUUUCUGGAGGACCAGCCACAGAGGGUCCAGGAAUGGUCGUUGGCCCAGAGUUGCGUGAGCCUAUUCGAUCUCACCACGACAUUGACCGUGACAACGUCAAGUAUUUCAAGAAGGCAUUAAAGUUCUAUGAGAAUCUCGCCAAGCGAACAGCUCAUAAUGGCCAUAUCAUUGAUAUUUUUGCCGGUUGUCUGGAUCAGGUCGGUUUGCUCGAAAUGAAGGGUCUAUGUAAUUCAACCGGCGGCCACAUGAUUCUAACCGAUAGUUUCACAUCCUCCAUGUUCAAGCAGUCGUUUGUUCGCAUCUUCGAGAAGGAUGGCGAUGAUAACCUACUCAUGGGCUUCAACGCUGUGCUGGAAGUCCUUACAACGAAAGAACUCAAAGUCACUGGUCUUAUUGGACACGCAGUGUCGUUGAACAAGAAGUCGGUUUCCGUUGGAGAGACCGAGUGCGGAAUUGGUAACACAUGUUCCUGGAAAAUGUGUGGCAUCGACCCUCAGGCUAGUUACGGCAUAUACUUCGAAAUUGCCAGCCAAGGCCCUCCUGCACAUCAGCAGCAAGCUCCAGCAAAGGGUAUGAUGCAAUUUUUGACUUACUAUCAACACUCCUCAGGCCAAUUCCACCUCCGAGUAACAACAAUCGCGCGCAAUUUGAGUGGGCCAGCUGGUGAUCCUGCCAUCGCGCAGUCGUUUGAUCAGGAGGCAGCAGCAGUCCUCAUGUCAAGAAUUGCGGUUUUCAAAGCCGAGGUUGAUGACGGGCCUGACGUACUUCGAUGGGUCGAUCGUAUGCUGAUCCGGCUCUGCUCCCGGUUCGCUGAUUAUCGAAAGGAUGAUCCAUCGUCCUUCCGGCUGGAGAAGAACUUCACCUUAUACCCGCAAUUCAUGUUCCACCUGCGGCGAAGUCAGUUCCUCCAGGUAUUCAACAACUCACCUGACGAGACCGCUUUUUACCGACAUGUUUUGAACCAUGAGGAUGCUAGCAACUCUCUUGUGAUGAUCCAGCCCACUCUGGAUUCAUAUACAUUUGAUCAGGAUGGAGGACAACCUGUGUUGUUGGAUUCUGCAUCUAUCCAGCCCACUCAUGUUCUUCUGCUAGAUACGUUCUUUCACAUUCUUAUCUUCCACGGUGAGACAAUUGCGGAGUGGAGGAAGGCUGGUUACCAGGAACAAGAGGGCUACGAGAACUUCGCGUCCCUUCUCGAACAGCCAAAGGAGGAUGCUCGCGACCUCAUCACCGACAGAUUCCCCCUGCCUCGUUUCAUCGUUUGCGACGCUGGCGGUUCACAGGCUCGUUUCCUUUUGUCCAAGCUCAAUCCUUCGACAACCCAUACAACAGGUGCUUAUGGCGGCGUCGGUGCUACUACGGCGCAAACCAUCUUCACCGACGAUGUUUCGUUGCAGACUUUUAUGGAUCACUUGAUGAAGUAUGCCGUCACCUGA